AUGGAUUUCUAUGAUACAAUCAAUGAAUUCUGGCAGAAGGGUACACUCCCUAAAGGAAGCAAUGUGGCGUUUAUAGCUUUGAUCCCAAAAACUGAAUCUCCAUCCGGUUUCAAAGAUUACCGACCAAUUAGCAUGGUCGGUUGUGUGUAUAAAAUAAUCUCCAAAUUACUAGCGGGAAGGCUAAAAAGAGUCAUGGGCAAUCUUGUGAGCCCCCAUCAGUCCUCCUUUAUCGAGGGCAUGCAAAUCCUGGAUAGUGUGCUCAUUGCCAGUGAAUUAUUUGAGACUUACAAUCGAUUGAAAAAACCGGCGGUUAUGCUAAAAUUGGAUUUUCAUAAAGCAUUCGAUUGUGUAUCUUGGUCAUUCUUGGACUGGAUACUCAUCCAAAUGAACUUCCCGCCUCAAUGGCGGAUGUGGAUCUCAUCAUGUGUAUCUUCGGCUGAGGCGUGUGUCCUUCUCAAUGGUUCUCCAUCUCAUCCCUUCAAACUCCAAAGGGGGCUCCGACAAGGGGACCCCCUUUCUCCCUUUCUCUUUGUAUUGGUUGUGGAAGUGCUCAAUCUCAUGAUCGAAAAGGCAACAUCAAUGCAACAUUGGUCAGGUGUAAUUGAUAAAAUCAUUCAAAUGUGGAGGCAGUUUCUUUGGAAUGGAAAGGAAGAUAGGAAAGCACUAGCACUCAUCAGAUGGGAAAUGGUUCAACUGCCAAAGCGUCUUGGAGGUCUCAACGAGCCACAUGCGCUUUGGAGGCAGAUAAUUACAGCCAAAUACAAAUAUACGCAGGAAUUCCGUAUGGCCGACAUCUCCUACAUUCGGAAGGGAGGCCCUUGGAAGCAAUUUUGUAACAAGAUCCUAAACCACGAGGGAUCAAAGAAGCUGCUGGAAUCGGGUAUUAGAAUGAAGAUAGGGAAUGGUGAAGGAGCUCUUUUUUGGCAUGACUCUUGGUUAAAUAAUUCGGUUCUCAAGAAUCAAUUUCCUCGUCUCUUUUUGAUUGCAAGGCUUCCUUUAGCCACAGUGGCAGCAAUGGCUCGGAUUAAUAGCAGUGGAUGUCAAUGGAUUAUCCCAUGGAUUCGACCUCUUAGAGUCCGUGAUCUGGAGGAAUGGGAUCUUCUUCAUCAGUUGCUCCUCCAAGUUAGUUUUCAAGCGGAGAAGGAGGACUCAAUGAUAUGGGAGCCCAGCAGAUCUGGUUCGUACUCAGUUAAAUCCUUCUACAUGGAAAUAUCAAAGAACUUAGGCUCAAACUCGAGUUCGUGCAUUCAGCAGAUUAUCCCUAAGUUGUGGAAAAAUCAAGUUCCGUACAGGAUAGAAGUAUUUUUUUGGUUAGCUUUGCAAGGAAAAAUAAACACAAAAAAGAAACUUGUACUCUUAAAAAUUAUCCCAAUGGAAGAAACUCUUGCUCCUUCUGCAAAACAUGGCCAGAGAACACUUCUCACCUCUUCCUUCACUGUCCUUUUGCUCAGGAAAUAUGGGGCUGGUGGUGGAAUUUGUGGGAUAUUUCUUGGGUAUGGCCAGCAAGCCUUGACCAAGCAUUUGAUCAAUGGGCUUUUCCUACCUCGAACAAGUUUUUUCGGAAAAUUUGGUCCUCAAUUUUUCUUGUAA